AUGGACCUUGCUAAGACUGUUGAGUGGAGCAGAGAAGAGAAUGCAAAUCUCUCACGUGCCAUUGUUUUGAGUAACGUUCCUUUAGGCACUAGUGAUGACACUAUUCAAAAAGUGUUAAAUACAGUAAAAGUAUUUGGACGCACAAGAAUACGUGGUCGCCGUGGUGACGUAACUGGCAGAUGGCUGUUUAUUCUAGUGGAAGCCAGUGCUGACCUGGAACCUGAUGUUAUCCCUCCUGAGAUAGGUAUAGAAAAUGAAGCUGGACCCUGGAGUGUCAACUUGGUGGGCAGCCUAGUAGCUCAGGCUCCUGCCUCUGAAGGUGAUCCUUUCCAGCUCAAGCUGCAAGCAUUGUUGCAACAAGAGGGCAAAUCUAUGGACGAGGUAAAGGCCAUAAUUAUGGGAAAGCAGUCUCCUAAGUCGGAUUUCAAUAUGGACCUUGUUGACGCCAUAGGCAAAUUAGUAGAUCGGUGUAACCAAGCUUCCAGUGAUAGUCCUGGGUACAGAAAACUGAGGUUGUUUUCUGGGUUGAAACCUGUCCCUCCAGGUGAAGAAGAGUAUGAAAGCUGGAUGGAACAGGCCGCUCAAAUGAUUAGUGAAUGGCACUGCUCAGAAGCUGCAAAGAGGCAACGCAUCGUAGAGAGUUUACGAGGUCCUGCUGCUGAUAUAGUUAGGUUUUUAAAAGUGACUUCUCCAUCUGCGACUGCAAAUGAGUACUUAGCUGCCCUAGAGACUUCAUAUGGAACUACUGAGAGUGGGCCUGAUCUUAUGGCUAGAUUUCGUCACACCUACCAGGAAAGUGGAGAGAAGCUUUCAGCUUUCUUGUACCGUUUGGAUAAACUUCUCCACCGAGCCUUGUUGAAGGGUGGGAUUGAUGCCGUCAGUAUAAAUAAAGCCAGAAUGGAACAGCUAAUUAAAGGAGCACUUACCAACGACAUGGUUGCCUUGCGAAUCCGAAUGACGCACACUUUGCAGAGUCCUCCAUCUUUUCCACAGUUGAUGAAGGAAAUACGUGAGGAAGAACACUGGGUAGCCGCAAGGGAAAAUGUCAAAGCUUCUGUUGCUAAUGUUGUCUCUACCCAGGCAUCUGUUCCAUCUGAAUUACAGAACUUGAAGAAGGAAGUUAAAGAGCUGUCUACCCAAGUGAGUCAGUUGUUGAACUUGGCUAGUUUGCCAUGUGCUUCUGAUUGUACUCCUCAGAAAAUAUCCAGUAAACGCUCUGAGGGUGUAACGGAUAACUCACAAAAAGUUAAGCCUGCUCAGUCCCCUGUGCCUAUGAUCUUUUGCUACAAAUGUGGUGAAGAUGGACAUAAGAAAUGGGAGUGCAAAGCACCUGAGGAUCUCAGAAAAGUGAAUCAGAAGCUGAUAAAAAUGCAGCGCCUGCAGGGAAACUUGACAGGAGCUCAGUGA